UAAGGUUGCAAGGCACGAAAUGAAAUAUUUUCAUUCGCUGACAGCUUACGUUACAGCCUUACAGCCUUACUCUUACAGCUAUUGUAGACGAACCUUUACGCUAUCUUGUGUUAUGCGACAUGUAAGCCAAUUCUACAGAACAGUAACGUAAUAGAUCCGUUUACGUUGCUUACAUUUUUGACACUUUUAUACCUCACGCCUGUUGCACACCGGCUUCUCUUUAGAAAGAAGAGCUCUCAUUCAAUAUCGUUCAUCGCAUCCGAGUGCAACAGGCAUUAGAUAUAAAAGUUCAAAAGUGCAAGCAACGCGAACAAACCUAACGGUAACAUAAUAAAGAUGAAAAUUGUUCUCAUUGCCGUAAGAUUUACUUACAUGUUGCAUAACGCAAGGUUCUCACGAUCGAAGAAAUGAUUUAUCAGGAAAAGCUAACAGCGACUCUUAAUGGAGGAUUUCGAUGAGCUUGAAAAGCCGAAUACGAAAUAAGGCGUCUUUCUCGACGGAUCAAGAACGGAAAUAUUUCGAAGGAACGUGAACAAUUAUCUUUCGUGGCACGAGAGGGACACUUGUGUUGCAGUGUAGUACAUAUUAGAAAUAGCCUAAUUAAAGUCUGCAGCUCUGAUGUUUACGGCGACGGUGUAACUGGUUGAUAUCUCACGUGCUAUCGCACGACACGCUGAUACGAGCCCAACGCAGAGGAAGCGAACAGAUGGAGAAAGUCGACCCCUGAGGUCAGUCGUUUCUCAUCUCCUUCUGUUUAUCAUUCUCGCCGUCGAUACGACCAAGUGUUGCGCGAGUCACGAGGCGCAAUAAAAUGCUGCGAGUCGACCGAACGUCCGCAAACAUGAACUCGCGAAGAUCGCGGAGGGACUCGGAUUUCGUCCUCUCGAACUUCGGUCAGAAAGAGCAUCUCUUCAAGUUCCUAGUGAUCGGCGACUAUGGCGUCGGUAAAACCGCGCUGGUUCGGAGAUACACGGAAGGGAAGUUCUCGUCGAAUUACAAGAUUACCAUAGGCGCCGACUUUGCGAUCAAAUCACUCGAUUGGGAUCCACACACUAAAAUAAACUUGCAGCUAUGGGAUAUCGCCGGCCACGAGAGAUUCGGAUACAUGACGAGGGUUUAUUACAAAUACGCAGUGGCCGCGGCUCUCGUAUUCGACAUCUCACGCAUGGCGACCUUUCAGUCGAUGAAGAAGUGGCUGUGCGAUCUCAGGGAGAAGGUCACCCUGUCGGACGGCUCGAGCAUACCGAUCGUACUGCUGGCAAACAAGUGCGACAUAUCGGUCGCCGUGACCAACGAGCAGGUCGCCAAGUUCUGCAGGGAGAACAGCAUAGACGCCUGGUACGCGACCUCCGCGAAAAAUAACACUAACGUCGAUGCAGCGAUGCGUUACUUGGUAGAGAAAGUGCUGAGUGCGAAGAUCGACGGCGGCAUACGCGACUCGAUACGAUUGCGCGAGGUCUCGCUGAAUCGCGAAAGAUCUAGCUGCUGCAAAUAGAAUGACGUGCAAUCGGUUUGGGAUUGUCAAUUUGUCCACACGAUCAUCGGAGCACGAUCGUCGAGAACAAUGUGCGAACGACUGAAAGACUGCCGAACACGAAGAUUGAACAUGAGGAACUUCAUGCGAAACGACGGCGAAACAACGCGAUAUAACUUAUCUUUUUAUGAAAGGUUCAUAUAUUACAGCAGUGUACAUACAACAUUGUUUUAUAUUAUAAUCUUUGUAGUUACGUCACUUUUCCUGUUGAUCGCGUCAAAAUAUAAUCUACUGCGCAAACAAAUCUUUACAAGUUGCACAC